CCCAACAUUUCUUAUUAUCAUCUGCCGCCAACAAAAACCAAACAAAAAUAGCUACAAAGCAAUUACCUCCUUACGAUCUCAAAAGAGGAAAGGAAUGAGGAGUCUUUGCUUCAGCACGAGAACGACGUCGUUUCGUCAAUCCAUGUCACCUUCAAGAGCCUCGCUUUCCAGUACUCCUCGCCGUGGAUUCUCCCAAUCCAUGGUCGAGCAAACCAUCGACGCUGCGGCAACCAUCAUCAUGAAAUGGGAUGCUGAAACAUCAGCUUACGCUAGAGUGACCUCUCUUUUCUAUGAAAGCAAAAGAGAAGCCAUGCAGUUCAUAAGAUCCGUUAACGACCUACAAAAACUCAUGAAUUUGCUAGUUUCUGAUCAAGGUUCCGGUUCGGAAAAGCUUGUUCAAGCUCAACAUUUGAUGCAAAUCGCGAUGAAGAGGCUUCAAAAAGAGUUUCACCAGAUUUUAUCAAUGAAUCGGGCUCAUUUGGAUCCGGAAUCGGUUUCCACUCGAUCAUCACGGACCUCCGGCCGAUCAAGCUCGUCGGAUUACGAUGAUGACGGUUCAUCUUACCAUGAGAUUCGUGCCGUAGGGAAUUCCAUCUCUGAAGUAGAAGAAGUUUCUUCUAUGGCUAUGUCCGAUCUGAAAUCGAUAGCGGAUUGUAUGAUCGCUUCCGGUUAUGCUAAAGAAUGCGUACAUAUUUAUAAAAUUAUCCGAAAAUAUAUUAUUAAUGAAGGUAUUUAUAAACUCGGAAUCGAAAAAAUAAGCUGGUCUCGGAUUAAUAAAAUGGAAUGGGAUGUACUGGAUUUGAAAAUCAAGGACUGGUUAGAAGCCGUCAAGAUUUCAGUGAGGACGCUUUUCAAUGGAGAAAGAAUCCUAUGCGAUCACGUAUUUUCUAUGUCGGAUUCCAUCAGAGAAUCUUGCUUUGCCGAGAUUUCAAAAGAAGCGGCCACUCUUCUCUUUGGAUUCCCCGAACUAGUCGCCAGGUCCAAAAAAUCGCCGCCGGAGAAAAUGUUCCGUGUUCUCGAUAUGUACACGGCUAUUUCAGAGUACUGGCAAGAGAUUGAAACGAUCUUUUCUUUUGAAUCGACUUCAGCCGUCCGAUUACAAGCUCUUUACUCGCUGGUUCGACUCAGCGAGUCAGUGCGGUCGUUGUUGACAGAUUUCGAGUCCACAAUUCAAAAGGACUCGUCCAAAGCGAUGAUCCCAGGUGGCGGUCUGCAUCCUCUAACGAUCUACUUAAUGAAUUACCUCACUUUCCUCGCUGAUUACAGCAACAUCCUCAUCGACAUCAUCGCGGACUGGCCACCGUCCGUGAAAUCGUCUAUACCGGAAUCUUUCUUCAACAGUACGGGUUCCGACGAAUCGCCUGCGCCGGCCAUCGCCGUCCGCAUUGCAUGGCUAAUCCUCGUCCUACUCUGCAAACUCGACAGCAAAGCAAAGCAUUACAAAGACGUCUCAUUGUCGUACUUAUUUUUAGCCAACAAUCUACGACAUGUAAUCUCCAGAGUCCGUAUAUCGAAUCUCCAGUACUUACUCGGUGAUAAAUGGGUCGCAGAACACGAAGCUAAGGUGAGUCUGUUCGCAGCGAAUUACGUGCGGUUAGCGUGGGGCCACGUAUUCGCUUCAUUGCCGGAGAAUCCAACGGUUUCGAUGACACCGGGAGCAGCUAAAGAGUGUUUCAGGAAAUUUAAUUCAAGCUUUGAAGAUGCGUAUCGGAAGCAGAGUUCUUGCGUCGUACCCGACUUGAAACUCCGAGACGAGAUAAAGGUUUCCAUCGGGAGAAAGGUUGUCGCGGUAUAUCAGGAGUUUUACGAUACGCAUAAAUCAACGGUUGGAGAUGAAAGGAGCGUUAGAUUAUUUGUCAGAUUUUGCCCUGAAGAUUUAGGGAAUUACUUGUCGGAAUUGUUCAUGGGGAAGGUUAGUUCCCGGAAGUUCAUCUAUGUCUGCUUCCGCGUCGUCUCAUCGGCGGCAUAACAUGCAUUCACCGUUACGAGCGUAGAGGGUUUUUGUAUUUUUUAUUUUAUUUUAUGGCCAUUUUUUCUUAUCGUUAAAAAUCGGCGAUCGUUUUGAUGUAGUUACAUAACGACCAUUUUAGGUUUUAACGGCUUAUUAUGUGUCCUUCCACAUCUGUUUAUUCUGUCUAUAGCACAGAUUUGAGAUUCAUUACUUCUCUUUCUGCUCAUUGCUGAUUUGUUGCAAGAGAAAUGAUUUUAUGUAUACAACUUGAGUAUAUAAUUUCGUAUGAAAUUAAGGAGUGCAAGAAGCGUGACACCCAAUCUCAGUAGAGUUAAACU